UUGAAGAAAUUAGAUUAAAGUUAAAAGAACUGAGUUAAAGGAGUAAAUCCUGCGCCCAGAGUAUGAUGUUUGUCAGUCUCUUGAUUUGACUUCAGGGUGAUUUUGGUGACAGAGGAGUUGCCUUAGUUUGCAAGCAGGAUAGAGAGGAGAAGGGAGAAACAACUAACGUUACUAUAACGUUAAACUAACAAUUAUUUAAACCGACAUCUUGUUUCUACGUGACUUAUUUUGACUCCAUGCAUUUCCCCCCUUACAAUGCUGCCCCAAAUGUUUUAGCCAGAAUAUGAGAUCGCUAGCUACACUAACCAUGGAUAGUUAACGCUGCUACAAAGCUAACAUAACGCGAGAACUUGUCCAAACCGGGCAGUGGCUAAAAAUGUAGCGAUGCUAACUUGCUAGCAUUCCAGCCAACAACGCUGCAGCAAUACCAGUGAGCGCCAAAAAUGCCAUUUUUGAAAUCGUUCAGCCAGCUCCCGGCGGGUGUCCGGGAUCUGUGGCGGAGUCGCCUUCGCAUGCAUCGCCAUGAUGGAUGAAGCUAGUUUCUAGAAACAAAACAGAGGCGGGUUGUUGGGACAAAGCGGCAGAUAAACCGCCAUUUUGCCGACAGGUGGCGCUAAAGUAUCACAACAUGGCGUCAGAUCGAACUCUGUUUUUACGUCGCCAUAUCAACAUAAUCUGUGAGGACACUGCGGUUUGUAAAUGGCUUCAGAUUUAUUGAAUUAACUUUUCUUCGUGACAUCCAGCUGAACCAUGGGCAACAUAUACCGAGAAUUAACGAAAACAGAAAAGAUCCCGGCUUACACCGUUUCAUCUUCAAUACCAACGAAAUACCAAAAAGUGGUGAUAACAAAUCAAGAGAAGAAGGGAUUUUCAUCAAAAGCUAAGAGAUUCCCUUCACAAGUCUGUCUGAAUGAAAAUCCAGGACCAGGCAGCUAUGGCUGUAUCUCCAGCGCUGAAGUGAAAAGUCCUUCCUUCUCAAAGAAAGGCACCACAGGCUUUGUUGCGUCCAAGGCUGCCAGGGCUUCCAGUAACCCGCAGAGAAGCAUCCCAGGACCAAAUGCAUACAACCUGCCGAGCUCCUUCACAAACAAGUAUGACUUCAACAGUGGAGUCUCCAGGGUGUUCAGGUUGCCUGUGGCUGUGCAGCUGGAUGGUCCGAAACACAAGACUCCAGCCCCAAAUCAGUAUGAUGUCAGUUGUAGUAGCAGAGAGAGAUUGUCCUCAGUAGUUGGUACAGCAGCUUUCCUGUCGAAAACUGGACGCAACACUUUUUACCCAAACAAAAAUGUGCCAUCACCAUGCCACUACGAAGUGAACAACAUGGUAAUCCAGCAUGGCUCCAAGGCAGUUUUGUCCCCCUUCAAAUCAAAAACCCAGAGAAUCCCUGCUCCAGUGGACAACCAUGUGCCAGGCCCAGGAGCCUACAGUCCCCAUCAGACCCCUGCACCAGUGAAGAGGACCAUCCUGCCGCGGGGAUAUUAUUUGGCAAUAUCAGCACCUCCCCUGAUUGUUCCUAAGGGCCCUCCCUUGCCAGGCCCUGGGCAGUAUGACAUAGGGGAUUAUAAAUGCCUGUCUAAGCAUCUCAUGCCCACUGCUGCAUUUGCAUCCAGAACUGAAAGAAUACCUCGAAUCUCACGGGGCAACAUGAGCCCAGGUCCAGGUUUCUAUGAUCCUCAGAUUUUGCCAAAGCAGUCCUUCUUUUACAAUGACUCCAGAGUCUGGAUUCCUGUUUGAAGCUUUCAAGGAAAACUGCACUGCAGAUUUUUCACACACAUGAACUGUGUUCUAUAAUAAAAUGCUUCUCUGCAAGAUA